AUGAGCGCGGAUAAAACUCGUUGGCGAUCACACGUUGGCCUACCUUCAUCUGUUAUCCAAGAUGCCACCUCUGCUGCUAAAAACCGAGGUGAAAGGAUCCCGAGAGCUAUCGAUAGUAACGUCAAACCAAAGAUCAUCUAUGUUUCGAGGAAUCACAGCGUCCGUAAUGAUUCUUACAAAUCAGAGCUUAUCAUUCCGAAACGGAGUACCUCACACGAGAGUGUUGUUAGUAAGGGGGUCGUAGAAAUUCCCCUCCGUGAAAAACUUGCUAUUGUUGAAAAUGGAAAUAAUGCGGGCAAUCGUGGAUUUAAGCCUAUUAGACCUAUAAGCGUUAGUUCGACAACAUCGUCAAUUCAGGAAUUACCAGAAUUACUUCCGCCGUUGGUUUCUCCUAAAACACCACCAUCCUCAGCUAAUUCAUCACCACCACCACCGCCCGUGCCGACAUCAUCACCACCGCCAUUGGAUGACCAGGAACUUCCACCACCGCCGUCGCCCACUCUUACCUCUCUGCCCCCUAAAGCCCCAUCACCGACACCGUCAUUCCACGGAAACCACAUCAAAGUUCCAAAAUAUUCCCCACAUGAAGAUGAAAUUCUGCGUUAUCUGGAUCAAUCGAUCGCCAAAGAAAAUAUUAUUAUCUCUGAAUCAAGUCAAUCUAUUUUGGAUCCUAAUCGUGUAAAGGGUGACAACUCGUCUGAUCAUAUUGAAGGGGACACGUUUCUUAUCACAAAAUGGGACGGUAAAAAUGCUAAAACUGUCAGAGCUUACAUCAAACCUGGCACUGUCGAGGAACUUCGAGAACUAUUCCAGAAAUUGGGACAAAGCUAUAACAAAUCGUCGGCUUUAGAACGUAAAAAGAUGCGUAGGUUUCUGACCAAGAAACGACGUAGUGAAAUAUCAGUGCAAAAUUAUGACUUUUUCCAUCAAGAUGAAUUACCAUUAAUCAAAUCUGGUAUAAGGAAGACAGAUUCAAAUCAAUCGGACAUCAGUGCGACUACGACUGCGUCCAAUGAUUCGUCUGUGAGUACACUAUCGGAAAGGGAAAGUUCGAGCUCCAAAGAGACUAAUGAUGUUAGUACAUAUUAUGGCAACAUUGCGCAAGUUGAUUCAAUAUUACCAAUAGAAAACAGUCUUGAUCCCGUUACAAAUGACUAUAAUAUGCCUUCUUAUAGUCUAAAUAGUGAUUAUACUUCUACAACAACAGAAAGCCACACACAACAGGUUUUAUCGUCGGCCAACAUUGACAAAUCAAAUAGUCUUAAUACAAAUCUUAACAAUGAUCCUUUCAAAUCGGGUGACGAAUUAAAGGGUCUAAAUCAUGCACAAAAUACAUAUUUAGGUCAACCACUUAUAGGCGUAACAUCUAAUCAUAAUGAAAGUAAGGGAUUAGCUGACAGUUAUUCGAAUGUAUGGACUUCAAGCAAUGACAUGAAUAUGUCGAAGAAAAGUGCGGAGGAAAGUAAUGAAUGGUAUGCAGAGGACGUUCCACCGGUUUUGUCGAGUAACGACACCGCCUAUACGAAAGACCAAAGACUUUUUGAAAACAUUACUUCAGUAAAAAGCAAAAUGAUUGAUGUGAACAUAGAUAGUAAAUUAAGUGAACAAGACAAACCAGACGAGACUACAAGAACAUCCACUGUGUCAAACACCCAAAUAAGGAGAAGAUCGUCUGUUUCAUCAAGUAGAAGUAAUGAUUCAGCCGAUGAAGAAAUCAAGUCUUUUCACGGUUCAAAGACUUUUGAAUACAAUAAUCUGGAUGAAAAUGAAAACAGGGCGAUGUCACCGAAAGAAAAAUAUGAAAAUCUACUUUCUGAACUAAAAAUAAAAACAAGUGUACGACGUGGUCACGUGACAGAGGCUGACAGCAAGACUCAUUCGAGGACAUCAUCUGCCAAAUUUUCUUAUAAUUCAUUAGACGACAGCUCGGGAGAUGAUCAAACGUACGAUGUGCAAGAAGCCGAAAAACCUAAACCUAAGGAACAAUUCGAUAAUAUUCUUUCUGAAUUCAAGAGCCUGUUUGGAAAAAAGUCAGAUACAGUGCCGUUGAGUUCCCAAAAAUCGGAUAUAGCAGAUAUUGGUGACGGAAUUGGAAGUUCAGUGAUAGAAGAUUCUAUAAAUUUUGUUCCAGAGCCUGUGAAGGAAGACAUUAAUAAACAAUCUUUCGAUUCGGUUGUUGAGACAAAACGACAGGAUAGUACCAGUAGUUUUGAAUCCAAGGAAAGUGUCAUCGAAAGAGGUAAACAAACACUUUUUGUGCCCAGUGCCUCAGACUAUUUGUACGCUUCUGUGGUAAAGCGUUCUAAGUUGGACAAUCUUUCCGAUUCCGAUGACGAGGAAUCCGUAAUUUCUGGAAUAAGGUCAAUCUAUGAAACUAAUUCCCAACAGGACGCUAAUGAAGUAAACCGCAGAAUUUCCGAAUUUUCUAAACCUACUGAUUCGCGUCGUUCUUCUAUUACAACCACAUCGACUAUAUCUCAAGUAGGACUAGAAAGUUCCCCUUCAAAAGAAAAUUUUUCGUCGUCUUCUCAACGUACAGAUCUUAAAGCUUACUUCCAAAAUCUUCUUGAUAAACCAUCGGACACACAAAGCAGACCUACUUCAAAAACUUUCGAAACAAAUUCAGAAACUCUGUCCUCGGUUACUAACGCUUCUCAUUUUGAUCCUGAGACAACUUUGACUCGCGGUGAAUCAACCGAGUCUAUCAAUGACCAUUUCGUUUUGAGACAAACCUAUCCUGAAUCCCGGAAACAGAGUUUGUUCCCAGAAGGAAUUGACGAACCCCCACCCGAGGACAGUGUUGUUCUUUUGGCACCUACAGAAAACAUUACCGUUUCAUCGUCUAAAAGUGUAUUAGUUGGCGGCAACAAGGAGAGAGCGCCAUCUAACUUGUACAAGAAAGACGACGAUUCUGAUUUGGAAGAAUCUGAAGAGUGGAAGUCAAAGAGAACAUCAGUUUUACAGGAGACAAAGCCACCGAGUUCCGAGUCGGAUUCAGAGCAAAAAGCUUCAAGUGAUUCUGAGGAAGACGAUAGAGUGAGACAGAACACAGGCGGCUUACGGAAAACAUCGAUUUCGUCAAUUUCUAGUAAAUCCGAUAAAGACAAUACAUUAGACGCUCAACGAAGAGAUUCAGUUUCAUCACAGUCUGACAAAUCUGACGCAGAGGAAACGUCAUAUCACGUUAGCCAAACUGCAAGGAAAGAAUCGGUAUCUUCCACAUUCAGCCAUUCUAAUUUUGAAGAAAAACAAAUUAUCGGCGAGAAAGAGGAAACCACAUCCGACAACAUGCCAGUUUUGAGUGGAUUCGAUGAUAAUAAUGUCACAACCUAUGACUUAAGCACUUUGGACUUGUCGAAUAUUGGUAACAUUAAAAGAAUGGCAUCAAACAGAAGUGACCGUAGCGAUAGAGCCACCUCCUCGCGUAGCAGCCAUUCCAUGCGAUCGUCAAGUUCGUCCGUUGGGGGAUUCGGUGGAACAAAAAUGGGCGGAGAACUUGUCAUGGUUGAAGGGGCAAAUGGUGACGUUUAUGUUGUGGAAGAUGUUACUGACAGUACCAAACAGCAGGAAACCUUCAGUUCCAGAAGUAGUUCCUCUGGUAGUAGAGUGCAGUCAGGAUCGUAUCAAAUUGGUUCGACUGGAAAUGUAAGAAUCGAUUCAAAGGUCGAUGAUGCCACGGCUAAUCAAGUGAUUUCGGCAUUAUAUGGAUUAAAUGGUGAGAACAAUGCUAUGAUAGUGGGUGACUCUAACAACAAUGAAGUAGACCAAAGAUCUGUUAGUUUAAGAUCAAGUGGAUCAACGAGUGGCUCACUAAACUUCGGUAUGAUCAGUUUACCGGGCAGUGUAUCUAGUAGAGUAGAGAACGACGAUAACAACGUUACACAAGAUGUUAAGGAGCACGAAACCGUGACAAUCCAUGGGGUCACUGACGACAAUGUGGCUUUAAUAGAACACCGAAUACAAAAAACUAUCACAAAACAUAAAGAUGUGGAGGAGAGCGGCCAAUCUGUUACAUCUUCCUUGGAUAACGAGCUGAGUGUUGAUACUGAUUCCACGGAUUAUUCUGUGAUUGGAUAUAAGCAGAGAAGUACCAGUUAUGCACAGCCUAUUUUGGUUACCACCCAACAAGUACCGAUUGAUUUAAGUAAUUCAGCCAUGAGAACGUACAAUUCAUCAGCUGUUAUUGUACCACCGGACAAUACGGUCAUCAGUACUUAUAAUAUUGGAAAUCUUACAACUCCAGCUACGUCUACGUUAAAUUACAACACUAAUUCAGCUUUCCAGGCGUAUAACCCAAUGAUGGCCACGACUUCAAAUUCUAUUUCAACGAUCAGCGAUAAAUACGUUGGAACCACAACAGAAUAUACACUAGGAGAGAAUAACCAGAUACAGACUCAAACCAACUACGUCAAAUCGGUCGAACCAACUGCAACCUCCUACCAAGAAGUACAAGGACUCCUAAAUGAUAUUGACAAACCAAAGCAACGAGAAGAAAACGUCACUACCGUAUCUGUCAGAAAAGACGAUUCCAAAAAGCAUGAAGAGGCAAAAGAUAAUGAGACGAAUUACUACUCCAAAACGACCACAACAACUACCAUAAUUCCGCCACACGAAGUCGACAGUGUUUACGGUUCGAAAUCUUCCAGAACUACCUCAGAAGAAUCCCCUAGAGACGAUGAUGCACAUCUUUAUCGUAUUGUAAGAGCAUCAAUGUCACCGAGACGAUCGCAAUCACCAAAACGUCGCACAAUUUACCACGAGGUUGCACCACGACGUCGUUCACCUUCCCCGAUCCGACGCUCCCGAUACCACGAUAUUGAACGGCCAUCUCGUUCUGACGUGUUCCGAUCUGAACGUCUAGACAGAUCAGGCUAUAAAACGUCAAUAAACAGGGAUUAUGAUUUUAUAGAUGAUGGUAGAAAGGUCAAAGUUGUAAAAACCUAUGCAUCUACCGAUGAUCUAAACAAAAGGCGAAAGAGCAGUGGAUUUGUAUCAUCUGAUUCCGAAUCCGACAGAAACGUAACCAGAGUACAGGUACGGGACCAUUCCUAUCCGAGCCAUAACUAUCGUUCAAAUAAUAAGCAUGGUUACGAAUCUGACGAUGAAAUGAGGAAAUUAUAUCGCAUAAGAAACCAUCGUAGUAGCAACGAAUGUGAACCAUAUCGCUCGGAAUCAGUGAUGAGCGAUGAUCAAUUGUACAGAGCCAACCGUUAUGCCUCAUCGUUAUAUUCACCGUCAAGGAGUCAUUACCUAUCUUCGUCUAAUAUUCGGGAGUCAAGAUCCCCGUCACCUGAGUAUAAUCGACAAUACCGGGUCAUCCACAGCGGACCUACAGACAGUUUCAAAUCCUCCUACCAGAAGAGUAAAAGCUUCAGUACCUCACGACUGGAUUCGGGAUAUUUCGAACCCGAAUACUCUACUCGUACGAAACGGAUGAUACCAUCUAAAGCGCGUACGACACUUUCACCUACUCGAAAUAGUACAAUAAUAAACCUUAAUAGAAACGAUAGUGGUGUAACCAGCCCGACAAGAAGUGAGUCAUUAUACAAGGUCGUCAAUGUUAAAACUAGUGACGAUACUAUGCGAAAGUCCCGAAGAAGAAAAUCGAAAAGUCCUUCGGAUAACAGCGAUUCUGGUGACGAUGGACGGAGGUUUAGGGUUUCGUCAUCAAGAAGUGAUGUGACGUCACGAAUUAAGGAAAAUGGAAUCAACACUAGUGAUUCAAAACGGUUCGUUCAAAGAAGUUUCAGCCCAACACCUGUUGAUGAAUCUUAUCGUUUAUCACGUGGCAAAAGUGUGUCACAGGAACCGAUAUUCAGAACCAGAUCUCCCAGUCCUUAUGGAAAAUAUAAAACUACUGUGGAUGUAAGGCGUGAGUAUACUGAUAAACUUUCGCGCUCAUUAAGUGAUGUAAGACAAGAGCCAGAUGAAAAAAGUUAUGUUGUUUACAACACAAGGUCAACUGAGCGGCAACGAUCACCAAAACGCAAGGAACCAGAAAUUUUUAUGACUGAUAGAAGUUUUUCGCCCGAUAGAAAUUUCAGGAUGCGUACCUUAUCUCCGACUCGUGGUGACAUAAGUUAUAGAAGCUUUACUAACGAUCUACCUAACGGUUUUGGACCACCUAACGGAUUACCUAACGGAGACGUAGUAACACACAGUACUUACGAACGAACUGCUAAAAGUUAUAAAAUUGACAAUGAACCUCAACUCGUGGAUUCGAGUGAAAGCAAGGAUUUAAAAGUGGUUCGUGGACAAAUUUUGAUAAAGAACAAAAUUGAUACAUCGAAAGAUGACGAUGAUUUUGACGAUAAUGUGAAUGUUUUCGAUAACUUUUUCCAUCUUCAAAAAGAUAAUCCAUUGUAUCAGAGUGAUCCCGAUAUCUAUAAGUCGUUCGAAGAGGAAAGUAAAAAGCAAUCCAUGAGUGACGAUUUGAACAUUAACCAAGAUAUUACAUUCGAAACAGUUGAAAGAAUUGCCAAGAAACAUGAAAAGAAUCAACAAGGUAGACAUAUACCACUGUCAGAUGGAAAUCAUAUCAUCCAAAAAACUGGCUUUUCUCCAGAAAGACCAUCUGAACAGAAGGCAUUGCGGUUCACUAUGGCUCUCAACAACUUCUCUGAUUCUGCGUAUUCUAAUCAAGCUGCCGGAGCGUGUUUUAGAUACCAUGACAGAUAG